AUGGCUCUCCAGGUCAACGGACGGACAGCUAUCGUCACUGGGGCUGGAUCUGGAAUUAAUUUCGCCCUUGCGAAGCUAUUAGUGGAAAGCGGGUGCAAUGUUUUGAUCGCAGACUUGGCCCUGCGCCCCGAGGCAAAGACGCUUGUCGACAAGCACUCGACUGGUACUGCUCGGGCGGUAUUCCAAGAGACCGAUGUGAGAGACUGGCUGCAACUACAACGGAUGUUUGAAGUUGCAGAGAAAGAGUUUGGCGAGAUCGACAUCGUUUGCCCAGGUGCCGGGAUUUACGAGCCGCACUGGAGUAAUUUUUGGCGCCCGCCGGGAUCCACGGCAAGCAAGGAUGCCCCCGAUGGAGGUCGAUAUGCGCUGGUCGACAUCAACGUCACACACCCCAUUCGCACCACCCAACUAGCCAUUGCGCAUUUCCUGCGUCACAAAGACAACGGCCGCCCGAAACAUAUUGUUCACAUUUCGAGCAUUGCGGGACAAAACGCGACAUUAGCGGCCCCUAUCUAUGUCGCGACGAAGCACGCCAUCAAUGGCUUGGUCCGGUCACUGGCCAAGCUUGAGGAACUUGGCAUUCGAGUCACAGCCGUGGCUCCGGGUGUCAUCAAGACUCCGCUCUGGACGGAACAUCCUGAGAAAUUGACAAUGAUUAAUGACAGGGUCGACGAGUGGGUGACGCCGGAAGAAGUGGCUACGGUCAUGUUGGCCCUGGUGCAGCAAGACGUCGUAAGUGAGACCAUUGGAGACAGGUCGGGCCGGGGUCCACAAUUCCCAGUGCGCGGGGGCACGAUCCUGGAGGUCUCGAAGACCGUGCGGGCAGUUGGCCAAUUCAAUGAUCCAGGCCCUGAAGGCCGGCCCGGCAGCACUGCCACCGGCCAUGCAGCCUUGGAGAAGGAGAGUUUCGAGUUGCUGGCCACCAAGGGAUGGGGACUGGCCAAGCUAUAA